CGAAUAGGGAAGACUAGCUAGCGGUUUAGUUUACUUGUUGAAUGACACAAACACGAAGUUUUUUUUUUUUAUGUUUUAUUGCUCAUUUGAACCCAUUUUUCUUCACGUUGUUAUAGGAUAUCGUAAUAAUAUCUUCGUUAGCUAAUACAUUGCAUUUGGACUGAGAAGAAAUGCGGGACCGAACCAAGGAACUGGGCAAUGUGAGUUUCAAGCUAACUAAUAUCAAUGAAUUUAGCAAUUGGUCAAUUUGCAAGGGAAGGUUUAAUGCAGAAUUGGUAGCUAUUUCUUAGGGUAUUCUUUAUCUGGUAGCUAGCUAUUAGUGCUAGCUACAUUGCUUUUUAAUCGGCGAAUUUAGCUAAAGUUAACGUACUUGUCAACCUGGCUAGGCUAGCUAGUAUAGAUAAAAUAGUCUACAUCCCAAGAAUAGGCCAGUGGCUAGAAGUGUAUUAAAAGUUAAAUGCCGCACUCAUGGGUUGCAUGUUGGAUUUACAUGAUAAUGAUGUGCAGUAGAGCUCGCCAGCUCGUAGUCCUAAAAAACGGAAAUAAGUUAACUAUGGUUCGUUCAGCCAUUCCUAUGGGGAAAAUUAAUGGGGAAAGAAUGGGACUUUGGAAUGAACGCCGAAAACAAGGUCUGAGGUUAACACAGGCUUAGGAGAUCUUAUCUAUGAUAUAAUAUGAUUAAGCUAACAUGACCUUUAUGAAUUAUGAAGCUUUUAUGUGCUUGUUUUGAUUACAUAAAUACAUCAAAAUGCACAAUAAGUGACGUUAACUGAUGAUUAUCUCAUAGAACAAAACGUAUAAGAGCUCCUAAGCCUGUUUACCACAUACCUUUUUCCCCGCGUUAAUCCAAAAACCCAUUCAUUUCCCCAUAGGCUUUGGCCAAUGAGCCAUGGCGGAGUUAGUGCCUACAAAAAGAUAAGGAUUGUGUCCAUUCUUUCCUGCUUUCUCUCUCUUCCUCACACACCAGACCGCCGAGGCGUCAGACGAGGAUGAAGAGGGCAGGGUACUUAUGAUCAAACCAGGGACUUCUACAGUGAGGGAAGAGGAGAAUGAUGCUUUUUUCAAGAAGGUGAAAUCAUGGAACCUAAUUCAACAGUCAAGCCAUCUGUUUGCAUUUUAUAAUGACUUGCUGUCAGUUUCAAGUUAUGUUCUUCUGCAGUACUUUUCUCUUGGCUUGUGAAUGCCAAGCACAGGAACGGUUUGUUGUGUCAACAUUAAACUACUGUGCCAAUGUGAUCUGGCAAGUUAUGAGCUGAAAUACUGUCCAAUUAAAACCAGCAGCGUUUCUGUAUGCCCAAUUUAUAUGUUAUGCGAAAACAUAGUAGUCUCGUCAGUGACUUACACAGGAUGAUUCAGAAUAUGUCUUCUGGUCCUUUCUAAACUGCCCCAAACAACCAAAUUCACUGAUUUUUAGCUUCUCUUACAUUAACCAGCCGGUUUAUCCCUUCAUAUCAGGUCCAAGAGAUUCGAGAGGGACUGGAGACGCUUAAAAAGGUGGUUUCUGACCUUGAGAACAAACAGAAGACCGUGUUGGGUGUGGCACUGCCAGAGGACGGUCAGUAGUUCAACACUAAUACACUGACAUUAGUGCUAAUAUGCUGUAUGUAAAUAUAUGGUAUGGUGGUACUGUUAGUAGGAGUUAUGAUAUGCAUAGAAUAUGUAAUGUGAGCUGUAGCCUAAUUGAUCACUGCACCUCCAUGUCUUGUCAAAAGGAUCACAUUCCACUAAGAUAUGUCUCAGUUUUUAUCAAUUUUGGUGAUAAAGCAGUUGUUGUAAGCAUACAAUUAGGUACCAUUAUUCCCUACAGGCUGCCUAUUCUGAGGGAUUAGUUACUCUGCCUGUUGACAGUUACUAAAAGGUGAUGUCGUAAGGUUUCUUUCUGGUUCAGGCAUGAAAAGGGAACUCCAAACCCUUCGGGAAGAGAUCAAAACAAUGGCAAUGCAGAUCCAUAAGAAACUGAAGAGUGAGUAUUCUUAACUGAAACGACAUGAUCAGCUAUUGACUAUUGAUCACGGGUCAUUCGGUGCCCCCAGUGAAUACACCUGAAUACAGAAAUAUCAGACCCUUUGUUUUUUUUUUACAGUCAUUAAUCCCAAGAAAGGAGAAGAUGAUGGGAAAUACAUCCCCAUAAACCUAAGGAUGCAGAGAGCACAAGUGAGGCUUCUAUUUUCAGAAAAAUAAAUAGAUUUUCAUUAAUAAAGUUUUGAUUGUAAUCCAAUAUACCAUAGGCUGCCAUUAAAUUAACACUUUUUCCAUCCCUCUACCUCCUCUUUCUCUCUCUAGCAUGGCGUCUUGUCUCGGGAGUUUGUGGAGUUGAUGGGCCACUGUAACACCAUCCAGGCUUCCUACAGAGAUCGUAACGUGGAGAGGAUACAGAGGCAGCUCAGAAUCAGCAAGUCUACAUCUAUUAAUCUAUUACUGUCACUGUAUGGCUGUUCAGAAAGGGGAAUUGUAAGUGAUUUCAACACCAUGGAUUUUUGUCUUCUGAAUUCAAGACUGCAAUGCAGAAGUUCAUCCACAAAGGUGAUUUCAUAUGAAAAUGAAAUAUACCCAAAAGCAGCAACUGAUAAGAUUAUUAUAUCCCUCUAGCUGGCACCAAUGUAACAGAUGAAGAGUUGGACGUUAUGCUUGAAAGUGGACAGACUGAUGUUUUCACACAGAAUGUGAGUAUGACUGACUGACAGAUUUACUGACUGACUGAAACUAACCACAAUUACCAGCAGGUGGUUUCAGCAUGAAUCAAUCUCGCAAUACACUGUUUUCUUCCUCAUUUUGUUGAGUGGUAUUCUAUAGACUAUGACUUCUCUCUUACUCAAUUAAUCAGGCUCUGUGUUUUGCUGAAUGACUAAAAAAAGUGUAUUCAGACCCCUUGACUUUGUCCACAUUUUGUUACGUUACAUCCUUAUUCUAAAAUGGAUAUAUUUUUUAAAUACACCAUAAUGACAAAGCGAAAACAGGUUUUUAGAAAUGUUUGCAAAUGUAUUAAAAUGACAACAGAUACCUUAUUUACAUAAGUAUUCAGACCCUUUGCUAUGAGACUGGAAAUUGAGCUCAGGUGCAUCCUGUUUCCAUUGAUCAUCCUGGAGAUGUUUUUACAACCUUAUUGGAGUCCACCUGUGGUUAAUUCAAUUGAUUGGACAUGAUUUGGAAAGGCACACACCUGUCUAUAUAUAAGGUCCUAUAUAAAGAGAUGCUUUGAUUUUUUUGACACCACACUCCAAAAACCAAGUUCUGCAGGCUCUAGUUUUGUCUAAUCUUAUUUAUUGUCCAGUCGUGUGGUCCAGUGCUGCAAGGAAAGACCUAGUUAAGCUGCAGCUGGCCCAAAACAGAGCGGCACGUCUUGCUCUUCAUUGUAAUCAGAGGGCUGAUAUAAAUACUAUGCAUGCCAGUCUCUCUUGGCUAAGAGUUGAGGAGAGACUGACUGCAUCACUUCUUCUUUUUAUAAGAAACAUUGUGUUGAAAAUCCCAAAUUGUUUGCAUAGUCAAUUUACACACAGCUCUGACACACACACCAGACAUGCCACCAGGGGUCUUUUCACAGUCCCCAAAUCCAGAACAAAUUCAAGAAAGCGUACCGUAUUAUAUAGAGCCAUUAUUGCAUCUCAUAUUUCUCAAAAACAACAAACAGCAACCUAGAUAGUUUGUGUGUAUGUAUUGAUAUGUAGGCUACGUGUGCCUUUUAAAAAACAUGUAUGUAGUUCUAUCCUUGAGCUGUUCUUGUCUAUUAAUGUUCUGUAUUAUGUCAUGUUUCAUGUUUUGUGUGGACGCCAGGAAGAGUAGCUGCUGCUUUUGCAACAGCUAAUGGGGAUCCUAAUAAAAUACCAAAUACCACAGUUGACAGUGCAUGUCAGAGCAAAAACCAAGCCAUGAGGUCGAAGGAAUUGUCCGUAGAGCUCCGAGACAGAAUUGUGUCGUGGCACAGAUCUGGGGAAGGGUACCAAAAUGAUUCUGCAGCAUUGAAGGUUCCCGAGAACACAGUGGCCACCAUCAUUCUUAAAUGGAAGAAGUUUGGAACCACCAAGAUUCUUCCUAGAGCUGGCCGCCUGGCCAAACUGAGAAGGACCUUGCUCAGGGAGGUGACCAAGAACCCGAUGAUCACUCUGACAGAGCUCCAGAGUUCCUCUGUGCAGAUGGAAGAACCUUCCAGAAGGACAACCAUCUCUGCAGCACUCUACCAAUCAGGCCUUUAUGGUAGAGUGGCCAGACGGAAGCCACUCCUCAGUAAAAGGCAAACGACAGCCUGCUUGGAGUUUGCCAAAAGGCACCCAAAAGGACUCUCAGACCAUGAGAAACAAGACUCUCUGGUCUGAUGAAACCAAGAUUGAACUCUUUGGCCUGAAUGCCAAGCGUCACGUCUGGAGGAAACCUGGCGCCUACGCAUCCCUACGGUGAAGCGUGGUGGCAGCAUCAUGCUGUGGGGAUGUUUUUCAGUGGCAGGGAGACUAGUCAGGAUCGAGGGAAAGAUGAACGGAGCAAAGUACAGAGAGAUCCUUGAUGAAAACCUGCUCCAGAGCGCUCAGGACCUCAGACUGGGGCGAAGGUUCACCUUCCAACAGGACAACGACCCUAAGCACACAGCCAAGACAACGCAGGAGUGGCUUCGGGACAAGUCUCUGAAUGUCCUUGAGUGGCAUAGCCAGAGCCCGGACUUGAACCCGAUCGAACAUCUCUGAAGAGACCUGAAAAUACCUGUGCAGCGACGCUUCUCAUUCAACCUGACAGAGCUUGAGGAUCUGCAGUGAAGAAUGGGAGAAACUCCCCAAAUACAGGUGUGCCAAGCUUGUAGCGUCAUACCAAAGAAGACUCGAGGCUGUAAUCACUGCCAAAGGUGCUUCAACAAAGUACUGAGUAAAGGGUCUGAAUAAUUAUGUAAAUGUGAUAUUUCCAUUUCUUUUUUUGAAAUACAUUUGCAAAAAUGUAUAAAAACCUGUUUUUGCUUUGUCAUUAUGGGGUAUUGUGUGUAGAUUUUAGAAUAAGGCUGUAACGUAACAAAAUGUGGAAAAAGUCAAGGGGUCUGAAUACUUUCCGAAUGCACUGUAUAUGAAUGGCAAUGACUGUGACAACGACAAACGUUUAUACAUUCUCUUGGAGUAGAAUUAUGACAGAUUUGUUUUAUUUAAGACACUCUUGCUGGCUUGCGUUGGACUACAGGUUUGAAUUUGGUAAGCACUCAUUGAGAUGGCUGUGCUGUAUAGGACAUCCUUAGGAAUCUGUAAUCUGUAUAGUUGCCAUAGCUGUGAAAGAGAACCCCACAUAAAUGGAACCCUUUUGCCCCCCUUGCUUUAGAAGAUAGACUACUUUAGCUGUUUCAGUUCAAGCGUAGUUGAUGUUCUCUUUACUGGAUGUGUUUUAUGAGCAGUUAAAUAGACAUUUGUUAUAUCAUUUCUCAGACAUCACCCGUGUGACAUUUUGUCAGGCUCUAAACAAUCUGAUUGUGUUUUUACUCUCUUCCUCCUGUAGAUCCUGAUCGAUGCUAAAGCCACUAAGCAGGCGCUGAAUGAAAUUGAGUCCCGGCAUGAUGAGAUCCUCAAACUGGAAAGGAGCAUCAGGGAUCUGCAUGACAUGUUCCAGUACCUGGCCAUGGAGGUGGAGGCUCAGGUAAGACUCACAACCCAGGAGGACAGACUGGAGCCCUAUUAUCUUUCCCACCCAAGUGUGCACUUGUUCACUCCCCGUCAAAGGUUGAAAAGCAAAUUAAUGAAAUGGGCUUUGAGAAAGUUGGAAACCUUAGUGAAGUGUUUGCUGAAUUGACAAACUAUUGUUCUGUUGUGCAGGGGGAGAUGGUCAACCGCAUUGAAGCCAACGUCCUCAACUCAACUGAUUAUGUGCAGAAGGCAGUGGUAAACACACAGAAAGCUGCCAUCAACCAAAACAAAGCACGCAAGGUAGGAAUUCAUUUGGAGGUUGUUGUGCUAAUUAUUGGACAGGUUAGCUAAUGAACAUUGAUACUUGGUACUACCCCUCUCUCUCCUCUCUACAGAAGAAGAUAUGGAUCGCAUUAUGCUGCGCUGUUCUCCUCCUCAUUUUAGCCAUCUCAUUGGCUGUCAGCUUCUCCUGAGAUCCUGACAUGUGAGUUCCCUCUUGACAUACUCAGGUAGUUUGCAAAAAUAACCAUGUUUCAUAUGAAUAUCAUAUCAACAUUAAUUCACUGCAAAAACAAAACUUGGAACUAUUUGUUGAUUAGUAAUCAAUGUAUUUUGUACUUGUAUACGUUUUUUUUGUCAUUCCUUUUGCAGUGUCGUCUUCCCUUAACCCACUCUCCUGCCCUGGGACCUUGAAAAUAAGUCCUGUCUUACUGAUAUCACAGAACUUUUAACUAACACCACUCUCAUAUAGACAGGCAGACACACAUACACAAACAAUCAUAGUCUCUCAUGCUCAUGUUAACUGCCCCAGUCUCAGCAAACGGCAAUGAUGAAGGGUUUUUGGCCCCCUUUGUGGCGCUCUUUUCUUCAAUGGCACCCUAAAUGGAAAUGUGUGGACAACUCAUUACUUACUCAACUUGCUGGACCCCUAUGUAUCCACAAGCACGGAAGAAUGCAGUAUUGGAACCAACACGGCACUGAUCAGAUUUACUCAGGAAAACCCAUAGCUAAGGUGAUUCUUAUUGUAUUUGUCUUUAUUUUAUGAAGUACAAAGCGAAAGAGAACCUUUUUAGCGCUUAGGGCUUCAUGUUUUUUAAAUGCAGAUAUAGAAUAAUAUAAUUGUAUAUCGCCAAUGUAUUAUUUGGUGAGUAAUUAAGACAUGCAGUUUUAUACAACUUUAAAGAUGUCUGAAAUGGCUUCCAUGUUACCCUUGUAUAUAGAGAAGCUCUUUUAUAAAGAAUUAUUGGCCUCUGAAAUUGAUCUCUCCCAUUAAGACACUGUUGUCUGAGCACUGCAAUGAAUUGCCCACUGCCCCCAUGUUGUCCUAUUUACUUCAGUAUUUAUUUAUAGUUUGAAUAUUGUUGUGGAAGCUGCUAUUUUAAUAGUCUUGCCACAGCAACAAUCAAUAAUGGGAAUCCUUAUAGUUAUGGUGCCUUUUUUCCUAAUGAACGUUUGUUUAUCUUAUGUGUUGACGGACAGCUCCAAGGGCUCAAUCUGAGAACACGAUGUAGUGAUGGGAUGGAAACUGCUGUAAUUAUUCAAUGCUUCCGUUUCAAGAAUUUAUAUUAUAAUUUUUUACAUCUGGAUUUUUUCAAACAGUUAAGAUCUCAGCCAUGGUGCUUUAUCCUAGCCUUAAUGUUCUGUGCUGACCAGCUUCUCCCUAUAGACGAGAUAGCUGACAACGUCAGGAAAACGAUGCGCACGCUUCAAUGGAGCAGAAAUCCAUGUGUUGUGAUUAUGGAUGGCCAGAUAGCCAGCAACAAUGACAAGAAGCUGCCAUGUGGGGAAUCGUAGGUGGCUUGUUUCAUCUUGUUCUUCAUGUCUUGUUUUGACUGUCAUGUCCAUGCUGAUAGCUAAAAUUUGCUCAUUAGCUGUGCAAAUGGAGGCCUAUAUAUACACUGAACAGAUAUAAAUGCAACAAUUUCAAAGAUUUUACUGAGUUCAUAUAAGGAAAUCAGUCAAUUAAAAUAAAUAAGGCCCUAAUCUAUGGAUAUCACAUGACUGGGAAUACAGAUUUGCAUCUGUUGGUCACAGAUACCCCAAAAAAUAAAUGGGCCUCGGAAUCUCGUCACGUAGUCUCUAUGCAUUCUAAUUGCCAUCGAUAAAAUGCAAUUGGUUCGUUGUCCGUAGUUUAAGCCGGCCCAUACCAUAAUCCCACCAUGGGGCACUCUGUUCACAAUGUUGACAUCAGCAAACCACUCGCCCACACAACGCCAUACACGUGGUCUGCGGUUGUGAGGCCGGUUGGAUGUACUGCCAAAUUCUAAAAAAAUGACGGAGGCGGCUUAUAGUAGAGAAAUUAUCAUUUCUUUGCUCUGGUGGACAUUCCUGCAGUCAGCAUGUCAAUUGCACGCUCCCUCAAAACUUGACACAUCUGUGGCAUUGUGUUGUGACAACUGCACAUUUUAGUGGCCUUUUAUUGUCCUCAGCACAAGGUGAACCUGUGUAGUAAUCAUGCAGUUUAAUCAGCUUCUUGAUAUGCCACACUUGUGAAUGGACUAUCUUGGCAAAGAAGAAACAUUCACUAACAGGGAUGUAAACAUUUGUGCACAAAGCUUUUUGUGAUCUUUUAUUUCAGCUCAUGAAAUUUAUUUUUGUUCAGUGUAUGUUUUCAAUAAACAUUUUAAGCCAACCCCCGUCAGUUCUGUUGCUAAAUAACCAACCUGUCUAUGAAGUGACUGGAGGGGCGAAAGACAAACGGGAUGAAUGAGGAGAGCAGUGAAGAACAUUCCUACUGUAUAUUACGUGGCUGUUUAAUUUUGUAUAAAACUUUCAGCUUAUUUUAAUGCAGAAUUGUUCUUAAAAUAAAAUUGCCUAUUGCGCUUGUAUGGGUUUAACUGUUGCCCAGAUUCAAGUUUACUAAACAUGUUUUUUGCCUCUUUUGUGCUACUGCUGCAAUGUUCUCAAAGAAACGGUACGGUCCCCAGAAAUAUCUGGGUAAUUCCAGGAGGGACAUCUUGCAGAUUUCAUUGUAAAAUCUUCUAGUACUGUAUAUGAUCUCAACAGCCAUAUGAUCGAUGUACUAAAGACAUGGCUACAUAAGUAAAUUCCUGACAGGCAGGGAUUUAUGGUA